CCCCCCUCUCUCUCUCCCUAAUUGCAUAACCUUUUCAUUUGCUUCCACCGCCUUCCCCUCUUCCCAGAAAACUUUUCUCUUCUCCUUGGACCGUUCCCUUCACCGUCAUGAUCCUUAGGGAAAUGGAGGACAUUAUGGGCAGUUUCAAACGGCAGAAGGUAUCUGAGGUGGUCAAGAUUGAUGAUGGUGAAGAUAAAAUUAGUCAGUUACCUGAUAGCAUUCUUAAUCACAUUCUAUCGUUUCUUUCCACCUCAAAUGCGGUAGCAACCUGCAUAUUAUCAACAAGAUGGAAGAAUCUAUGGACCAUUCUUCCUAAUCUUGACUUUGAUGACUCCUUGUUGUACUCGAGACCUGUUUUUGGUUAUCCAAUGAAGGUCACUCUUUUUAUGCAUUUUGUCCAAAGGGUCCUUCAACUUAGAAAUGCAUCUAUUGAAAAGUUGCGCCUUUCUUGCCGUGUUUGCUUCAGUGCUUCCCAUGUUUGUACGUGGUUAUCAUCGGCUAUUAAAAAUAAUGUUCAAGAGCUUGAUCUUUGCCUGUUUGUGGAGGAACCUUUUUCCCUGCCCUCGUGUGUUUUUUAUAGUAAAUCACUUUUAGUACUAAAACUAGAAAUGAAUUGUACCCUUGAGCUGCCUGAUUCUAUCUCUUUUCCAUGCCUUAGAACGUUGCACCUAUGUCUCGUCACAUUCCCUGAUGAUAGCUCAACCCAGAGGCUGUUCUCUGGAUGCCCUGUGCUUCAAGAAUUGACUGUGUUAGAUUGCGAUUGGAUAAACUUGAAGAGUGUCAGUAUAUCCAUUCCUUCACUGAAGAGCCUGACAAUAGAUGACUUGCCCUAUUUUGGAUCACCUGAUGAUCUAAAUGGUUGUGAAAUCCGGAUUGACUCAUCCAAUCUCCGUUUCUUAAAGUACAGUGGUUAUCUGUCAAAUGAAAUUUAUCUAUAUAAUCUCUCCUCGCGAGUUGAUGCUUCAAUUCAUAUUGCUGUUCUCUGUGAUAAGAGGAAACAGAUUGCUUUCCGUGCUGUUAAGCUAUUUAGAGGACUGAACAAUGUUAGCUCUGUGAGAAUAUCGAGUGGUGCUAUCAAGUCUCUAUUCAAUGCAGAUGAUGUACUUGACCAUCUUCCAGUAUUUCAGAACUUAACACAUUUAGAACUGGGCAAGGGGCUUGAAAACCAAACAGUUGGAGAAUUUAUGGAGCUGCUUCGACACUUGCCAAAAUUAGAAUCUCUUGAUUUUUUUGAGGGACUUGAAUCACUUGAUCCUUGCAAGCCUUCUGGAGAAAAUGACUGGAAAUUGAAAGCACUACCAACAUGUUUCUUAUCAAGUCUCAAGACAGUUAACUACUGCAAUUUUCAUGCAAAUGAAACAGAAAUUUGUUUUCUCAAACUUUUGCUGAAUAUUGCUAUCAUUUUGGAGGAAAUGAAUAUAUUCUGUUCUGAGAGUUUCUUGGAGGACCCGAAGAAGCAUAAAGAGAUUAGGAAUCAUUUGCAUACCCUUCCUAAAGGAUCAGCUCGUUGUGCAAUCAAGUUCUUUUGAAGUAUGAAAGUGCCGAUAUUUUUUGCCACAGGUAGUAUAUCACGAAACAAUAGCGGUUGAAUCUGGUCAGUGGCUUGCCUCUUUUGAUUGGUGAUAUCAACAUCUGGUCAUGAUGUACUCGUUUCAAAUCACGCAUGGGCUAUCUACUACGAUCCCUUUCAGGCAAGGGUAAUGGACACUAUUUAACGUAUUUUAGUGCAGGUUUAGUACUAGUGGGUUUUGUAUCUGGUAUUUUGCUUCAGAUAACCAAAAAAUCCGACCAUUGUCUUUUAUUCCUUUUUGUUUUUGUCGAGGGGAAGAGAAUGGAGGUUAGAUUUUGUGAAUGUUGUAAAAAUUAGCCUAACUCACAAACAGGUUCCAUACUGUAACAGAACAUGACAGCAAUGUGAUGAUGCUUUUUGGGACAGAAGGAAAUGCAUAUUUAUAUUUAUUUA